GUAGAAGACGACGAUUGGGGUGACGAUGUUUCAGUUCUUGAAAGCAAUGAAAAAGUAUCUGUAAGGACCAUCAUUUUCAAAUUAUGCCUCGGUCUGAUAUUUAUCUGCUCAGCUAGCGGUGCCAUCGUUUAUUCCGUUAUCACUUCAGGGGAAAGUCAACGCAUCCCGGCUGAUGCUAAUGCUACCCUUUAUUUUCCAUUCAACAUCAACCAACAAUGUUUCAACGGAACUCUCACUAUGAUGUACAGAAGUGGCUUACAAAAUGGUCAGCAACAGUAUACGUACACCUCGUACGGUACCGACUGGGUUCAAGAUGCGACAAAAAAGCGAAUUUUUCACCGAGUGGGACUCACAUCUAGAGAUUGGCAAUAUUCGUACUAUGUAUUCGACAAUCUGACAUUUUUCCAGACAAAGGUUAGAUGUACGCGAAUGGAACAGGGUUACGAUGAGUUCAUUGAAAGCAUGGGUCUUACAUAUGUUCGGAAGCAACGAGACGAAGAAGUAUCCCUCAAUGGUCAUUACAAAGAAGUGAUCGUCUAUGAGGGUGAACCACCAGACGACGUGAAUAUUAAUGGCAAGCAUCCGUCGUUGAUCCGAGGUUAUUCGUCUGAGCAGAGAAACGUAACAUAUGGAUGGGAGCUGUAUUUCCCGCAUGGUUCGAACUUUUCACUGUACAAACAAGAGUACUGGUAUCCAUCAAUGAAGGGCGUGACACCAGACUGGGACAUUUUCAACGAUAUUCCGAAUUCGUGCUUUCAAUAAUGAUCACAUUUCUGAUUUUUGACGUCGCUUCUUCUUGUAUCAAACAGAGAAAUGAUGAAUGUGACUACAAAUCAAGGUGAUGGAAGAUAUAAAUCAA